AAAUCUACUUGUACCUGGCCAAGUUAUCAAGGUUUGUUGAUGUUGAUCAUGAGACUACUAUUGUCAUUGUGUGUUGUACGAAAUCUAGAUUGACUAGAUCUAUUCUAUCUAGAUCUACUUGGUGACCUGUGAUGUUAAGUAUUUUCUGAAGUAAAAUCAGCCACAAAAAAAAAAAAUGAAACUAUUUUUAACUUGCUAGCCAAACAGUUUUAUAAACUUGGCUGUGUACAAUGGCUACGAGUGCACAAAACAAAAAGAAAACAUUCCACAUAGAUGAAACAGAUUUGUUGUGUAAAAAUGGCUGUGGCUUUUAUGGCAACCCUGCCUGGCAAGGAUUCUGCAGCAAAUGUUAUAGAGAGGUGUAUCAGACAGCACAUAAAGCUCAGAUGCAACAUGACGCUGCCAAGGAAGCCUCUCAGAUUUCUCCCAUCUUGAAAAAGGGACCACAAUUAGCUGAUGUUAGAGCCUCAUUCUCAAAAUUUGAGGAGAAAAAAACCCAGCAAGUGAACAAGCGCAGCAAUACUUUCAAGUCUUUCCUUAGGAAAACUCCCAAUAAAGAUAAUCAGCCUCUUGUCAAAGAACCACGCCGCAUUAGUGCUGAGAGCCAAAAAAUCGGAACAGAAUUCGCUGAGUUUUUAAAGUCCAUCAAAAGAAAGCCAGCAGCAUUAGAAAUUUCCAAGCUGGUCCGAGGUUUCAUAGAACGUGUUCAGCAUAACCAGGAGUUUUCCAUUGAGGAUUUGUCCGAGAUGGUCCAAGACUUUUAUACAAGCUUAAAUGACAAACUCAACAGUCAGCCUGUAUUUAAAGGUUUUACUUCAGAAGUGAUUGACAAGGUGAUGGAUUUUGCCGAGCGCUAUAUAUUGACUCGUCUUUACCCGUCCAUCUUUUGUCAUCCCUCCACCAAUGAUGAGGAGAGAGAUCUUGCUAUACAGAACCGGAUAAGGAGUCUCCACUGGAUUAGAGCACCUCAAUUAGACACGCUCAUAAAUGAAAAUGAUCCUGCAAUCAGACAUGAACUGGACAGUGCAAUAACAGAUAUUAUUGAGCUGGAUUCUAAAAGAGCCACCCAGGACAAACUUCAGUGCAUAGUCAGCUGUAGCAAACACAUAUUUGAAGUCCUGCGGAAAUCAAAACAGGGGCCAGCCAGCGCUGACGAAUUUCUGCCUGCCUUGAUCUACAUUGUGUUAAAAGCGAACCCUCCACUAUUGCAGUCUAAUAUUCAAUACAUUACAAGAUUUGCCAACCCAACACGUCUCAUGAGCGGGGAGGAAGGAUAUUAUUUUACAAAUCUGUGUUGCGCUGUCUCGUUUGUGGAAAGUAUCAACGCAGAAUCUCUGAACAUCAGCAACACAGACUUUGAGCGUUACAUGUCUGGGGAAGCUGUCCCUCCAGGCUCUGGGAAUGAGCAGAUAUGCAAAGGUUUGCAGAUGAUGUAUGACAACCUGAAAGUGUUGGCCGAGCUCCGACAGCGCCAGGAAAAGGUCAUGGCGGAGGUGCUUCAGCUUCAAGCUGACAUGAACGAGUUCAAGGAAAACUUUAUCAAGAAAGUUGACGAAGCCAAGGAGAGGACACCACUGAUUAUCAGGCCUCGCAAAGUCAAAGUAGAUCCUGAUAUUGCGUAUUCAGGUCAAAAUAGUAAUUUACCAUCACCUUUGACCCCUCUUAAGGUUCACGUGGACAACAGCCACGUAGCUAUUGUAGCUGAACAAAUGUUGGUCGAUGAUCUAAGCGACCUGCAAGGUAAUGAUAAUGUUAUGGAAACUAAAGAUGGUUCCGAGGAGAUGGAACCUACUGGACAAUGAUAAGGGCGUGUGUCUUCCAUUCACCGCAGGUUUUCUUCUCCUUUCCAGCUUUGUUUCUUUGCAGUCGCAGUGAAACAGAAAUUUCUACUCAAGUUUCUCAUGGGGUUAUUAAUGGCACACAUCUAUUUUUUUUUAAAGAUGUUAUUUUUGUAUGACUUGAAUGUGCAAAGUAAAACUAAUUUAUUUAAGAGUUGUUUCAAUCUCAGCAGUGGUAGCACAAUCUAAGUCUUAACUCAAGAAAUGGAUUAGUUAGAGAAAAACUGAUGUGAUGAUGUGUCUUUCGUUUACAUUUUUUUUUGGUUUUCUUCUUCUUUUUGUUGAUGCACAUUUGAUUUGAACUCAUGAUUGGAAACUGUCAAAAUGAAACUCUCUGAAAACUUAGUUGUCUGUAGAGUAGUCAGAAGUAGUAGUUGCUUUGUUCACAUUUUGUAUUUGCAUAUGGUCAUUGAGGGUACAAUAUGCUAAGCUGUCGGAUUUUCAUUAACCAAGGAUACAGUAUGCUAAGCUGUUGUAUUUUCAUUAUCCAAGGGUACAGUGUGCUAAGCUGUUGGAUUUUUCAUUACCUGGUACUGGAUUGAACUUCCUCAUUCUCAGCUGCAAGACUUGAAUUCAAACCUGUUUUGGUUUAUGCUAACAUAAUAUUUUAUUGUAUUUUGGAUGAUGGUGUGUGAGAUGGUAAAGACAAGUUUCCUUUCUACCUUAAUGUAAUGUUUAACAGGAUCCUAAGUUGUUUUGAGUUUAACUUUGAUACAUUUUGAAAUGUUCAAAUCAGGUGGGUUUGUUUUUUUACAAUACCUAAAAUGUUUAUUUUAUACAACUAGCUUUAACUGGAUGAAAGGCAGAUUUUGAUUUACACCAAAAGAGAUGCUGAAAUAAUUUUAACCUUGGUUUAAAACGCCAUAGCGUUAAAGUUAUUCAUCGGGACAAUUAUGGGGAAAUGUCAUAUUUUCAUGCUCCACUUUUUUUUUCUUUUUUUUUUUUUUAAUUUUCUUAAGUAUGGACCAAUAAUUGGGUUGGGGAAGCUUGAUAUGUCAUAAACUUUGCUGCAUAGCUUGUGUUAUUCAAUUAGUCUUGUUAAUGUCUAACCUUGAAAACACAAAGAAUGCUGCGGGAGAUUGAACCCUUUUAUGACCAUGAACAAUUUGCUGCCUUCUGUACUGUUUUGCGGACCAGCAUAAUUGUGGUUCAUUUUGUAACAAAAAAAAAAGAUUUCCGAAAGUUGUAUUUUUUGUUUUUUAAUAUGUGUAGCCUAUUUAUAUCAGUGGUUAAUGUUUUUGUCAUUAACCAUUGAAGAACUUGAUCAACCAGUGCAAUGAAUGUGUAAAUGAGUUAUGAUGUACUAUUACAACACAAAAACACACGUUUAUAUAUACUUGAACUAUUUUGUUUGUAUAUCGUGCACCAAAUUGUUUUGGCACAUUAGGGCUAAGCUUACCUGGCAAUGUUUCCUCUGUGAGAGUUAUUAGUAAAUGUCACAAUGCUGUUGUUGUUUUUUUGUGUGUGCUGACAUUUUUUAUUUAUAUAAAUGUAAUAAUAUGAAUCAAUGUUGCUUGAUCAGGUCAACUUCUCCGGGCGUGCAAAGGUUUUCAUAUUAUUUAUUUUGUCUUGGCUCCAUUGGAUACCGUGCAUUAUGUUUUUUUUUCCUUUCUUAUGUUCUGAUGGAUGGCUAUGUAAAGAGAGCAGGCACUUGAUAAUUAAUUAGACAUUGCAUUUGGCGUCAUUGAUCGAAUGACUUGUUUUGUUGGCUGUACUUUUUUUUAAUUAAACAAAUACAUUGAGUACAACAUUUUUUAAAAAUGUUCUCCCUUUGUAUCUAAUGAAACAAAUAA